CUCCGGUGCAUGUGUGUAUGUGUGCGCGCGCGUGUGUUUGUGUGUGUGUGUGUCCGGCCCCAGUGAGACUGCAGCCCUUGUAAAUACUUGGCCACCUUCUGUAAGAAGGCAUCCGAACAAUUGCAACUGAAGGAAGGCAGGUUGGGAUCCUCUGCUCUUUGGGAGGUGCUUUUCCUCACUGCAGAUGGGUCAUUUUCCUUUUGAUCAGCACAUUCAGCUACAGAGUAAAUGGUGAUUAAAAUGUGCAGGAUGACAAGAUGGAGCCGACAGUGCUUGUACCACCAGGACCUGACAGCUUCCACUACUUCACAAGAGAAUCUCUUGCGGCGAUUGAAAGUCGCAUUGCAGAAGAAAAGGCUAAGAAUCCCAAACCAGACAAGAAAGAUGAUGACGAAAAUGGCCCAAAGCCAAAUAGUGACUUGGAAGCUGGAAAGAACCUUCCGUUUAUUUAUGGAGACAUUCCUCCAGGGAUGGUGUCGGAACCGCUGGAGGACCUGGAUCCAUUCUAUAUCAAUAAGAAAACUUUUAUAGUGUUGAAUAAGGGGAAGGCCAUCUUCCGGUUUAGUGCCACCUCCGCCCUGUACAUUUUAACUCCCUUCAAUCCUCUUAGGAAAAUAGCGAUUAAGAUUUUGGUACAUUCAUUAUUCAGCAUGCUAAUCAUGUGCACUAUUUUGACAAACUGCGUGUUCAUGACCAUGAGUAAUCCUCCUGACUGGACAAAGAAUGUAGAAUACACCUUCACAGGAAUAUAUACAUUUGAAUCACUCAUAAAAAUUAUUGCAAGGGGCUUCUGCUUAGAAGACUUUACUUUUCUUCGAGAUCCUUGGAACUGGCUUGAUUUCACUGUCAUUACAUUUGCAUAUGUGACAGAGUUUGUAGACCUGGGCAAUGUCUCCGCAUUAAGAACAUUCAGAGUUCUCCGAGCACUGAAAACCAUCUCCGUCAUUCCAGGCCUGAAGACCAUCGUGGGGGCCCUGAUCCAGUCGGUGAAGAAGCUCUCUGACGUCAUGAUCCUGACUGUGUUCUGUCUGAGUGUCUUUGCCCUGAUAGGACUCCAGCUCUUCAUGGGCAACCUGAGGAAUAAGUGUGUACAAUGGCCUCCCACCAAUGCUUCCCUGGAGGAGCAUACUAUAGAGAGGAAUGUAACUACGGAUUACAAUGGCACACUUGUAAAUGAGACUCAUUAUGACUUUGACUGGAAAUCAUAUAUUCAAGAUGCAAGAUACCAUUAUUUCUUGGAGGGUUUUUUAGAUGCACUCCUAUGUGGAAAUAGCUCUGAUGCAGGCCAGUGUCCAGAAGGCUACAUGUGUGUGAAAGCUGGUAGAAACCCCAAUUACGGCUAUACCAGCUUUGAUACUUUCAGCUGGGCUUUCUUGUCCCUGUUUCGACUGAUGACUCAGGACUUUUGGGAAAAUCUUUACCAACUGACAUUACGUGCUGCUGGGAAAACAUACAUGAUAUUUUUUGUGCUGGUCAUCUUCUUGGGCUCAUUCUACCUGAUAAACUUGAUCCUGGCCGUGGUGGCCAUGGCCUAUGAAGAACAGAAUCAGGCCACCAUGGAAGAGGCAGAGCAGAAAGAGGCUGAAUUUCAGCAGAUUCUCGAACAACUUAAAAAGCAACAGGAGGCAGCACACCAGGCAGCCGCCGCCACGGGCUCCGAGCACUCCCGAGAAGCCAGCACGGCGGGCGGCCUCUCGCGCAGCUCCUCCGAAGCCUCCAAGCUGAGCUCCAAGAGCGCGAAGGAGAGAAGGAAUCGGAGGAAGAAAAGGAAACAGAAAGAGCAGUCUGGCGGGGAGGAGAAGGACGAGGACGAAUUCCACAAAUCCGAAUCGGAAGACAGCAUCAGGCGGAAAGGGUUCCGAUUCUCCAUCGAAGGGAACCGGCUGACGUAUGAAAAGAGGUACUCCUCCCCACACCAGUCUUUGUUGAGCAUCCGUGGCUCCCUGUUCUCUCCAAGGCGAAAUAGCAGAACAAGCCUUUUCAGCUUUAGAGGGCGAGCAAAAGAUGUGGGAUCCGAGAACGACUUUGCGGACGAUGAGCACAGCACGUUUGAGGACAACGAGAGCCGGAGAGACUCCCUGUUUGUGCCCCGGCAACACGGAGAACGACGCAACAGUAACCUAAGUCAGACCAGUAGGUCGUCCCGGAUGCUGGCAGUGUUUCCAGCGAAUGGGAAGAUGCACAGCACUGUGGAUUGCAAUGGUGUGGUUUCCUUGGUUGGUGGACCUUCAGUUCCUACAUCACCUGUUGGACAGCUUCUGCCAGAGGUGAUAAUAGAUAAGCCAGCUACUGAUGACAAUGGAACAACCACAGAAACAGAAAUGAGAAAGAGAAGGUCAAGUUCUUUCCAGGUUUCCAUGGACUUUCUAGAAGAUCCUUCCCAGAGGCAAAGAGCAAUGAGUAUAGCCAGCAUUUUAACAAAUACAGUCGAAGAGCUUGAAGAAUCCCGGCAGAAAUGCCCUCCUUGUUGGUAUAAAUUUUCCAACAUAUUUUUAAUCUGGGACUGUUCGCCAUAUUGGCUGAAAGUGAAGCACAUUGUCAACCUGGUCGUGAUGGAUCCGUUUGUGGACUUGGCCAUCACCAUCUGCAUCGUCUUAAACACGCUCUUCAUGGCCAUGGAGCACUACCCCAUGACGGAUCAUUUCAACAAUGUGCUCAAAGUAGGAAACCUGGUAAGCAUCUUGGAAGGGAUCUUCACGGCAGAAAUGUUUCUGAAAAUCAUUGCCAUGGACCCUUACUAUUAUUUCCAAGAAGGCUGGAAUAUUUUCGAUGGUUUCAUAGUGACGCUCAGCCUGGUGGAACUUGGCCUUGCGGAUGUGGAAGGACUAUCAGUCCUCCGUUCAUUCAGAUUGCUCCGGGUAUUCAAAUUGGCUAAAUCUUGGCCAACAUUAAAUAUGUUAAUAAAAAUCAUUGGUAACUCAGUGGGGGCUCUGGGUAACCUCACCUUGGUCUUGGCCAUCAUCGUCUUCAUUUUUGCCGUGGUCGGCAUGCAGCUCUUUGGGAAGAGCUACAAAGAUUGUGUCUGCAAGAUCUCCAGCGACUGUGAACUCCCACGCUGGCACAUGCAUGACUUCUUCCACUCCUUCCUGAUCGUGUUCCGAGUGCUGUGUGGGGAGUGGAUAGAGACCAUGUGGGACUGUAUGGAGGUCGCUGGCCAAGCCAUGUGCCUUACUGUCUUCAUGAUGGUCAUGGUCAUUGGGAACCUGGUGGUCCUAAACCUCUUUCUGGCCUUGCUUCUGAGCUCCUUCAGUGCAGACAACCUUGCCGCCACUGACGAUGAUAAUGAAAUGAACAACCUCCAAAUUGCUGUGGAUAGGAUGCACAGAGGGGUCGCCUAUGUGAAAAGAAAAAUAUAUGAAUUUAUUCAACAGUCCUUCGUUAGGAAACAAAAGAUUUUAGAUGAGAUUAAACCACUUGAUGACCUAAACAACAAGAGAGACAACUGUAUGUCCAAUCAUACAACAGAAAUUGGGAAAGAUCUUGACUAUCUUAAAGAUGUAAAUGGGACCACAAGUGGCAUUGGAACUGGCAGCAGUGUUGAAAAAUACAUUAUCGAUGAAAGUGAUUACAUGUCAUUCAUAAAUAAUCCUAGCCUUACUGUAACGGUACCAAUUGCUGUUGGGGAGUCUGACUUUGAAAAUUUAAACACAGAAGACUUCAGUAGUGAAUCAGAUCUGGAAGAAAGCAAAGAGAAACUGAAUGGGAGCAGCAGCUCGUCAGAAGGCAGCACCGUGGACAUUGGUGCACCCGCAGAGGAGCAACCUGUAGUGGAGCCAGAAGAAACCCUUGAACCUGAAGCCUGUUUCACGGAAGGCUGUGUACAAAGAUUCAAAUGCUGUCAAGUGAGUGUGGAAGAAGGGAGAGGAAAACAAUGGUGGAACCUGCGAAGAACCUGCUUCCGAAUUGUGGAGCACAACUGGUUUGAGACUUUCAUUGUAUUCAUGAUUCUCCUGAGCAGCGGUGCUCUGGCCUUUGAAGACAUCUAUAUUGAUCAGCGAAAGACAAUUAAGACUAUGUUGGAAUAUGCUGACAAGGUCUUCACUUAUAUUUUCAUUCUGGAAAUGCUUCUAAAAUGGGUGGCAUAUGGCUAUCAAACAUAUUUCACCAAUGCUUGGUGUUGGCUUGACUUCUUAAUUGUCGAUGUGUCGCUGGUCAGUUUAACAGCAAAUGCCUUGGGGUACUCGGAACUCGGUGCCAUCAAAUCGCUCAGGACACUGAGAGCGCUGAGGCCUUUAAGAGCCUUAUCGCGAUUUGAAGGAAUGAGGGUGGUUGUGAAUGCCCUUUUAGGAGCAAUUCCAUCCAUCAUGAAUGUGCUUCUGGUUUGUCUUAUAUUCUGGCUAAUUUUCAGCAUCAUGGGCGUAAAUUUGUUUGCUGGCAAAUUCUACCACUGUAUUAACACCACAACUGGUAACAUGUUUGACAUCUCCGAAGUGAAUAAUCAUUCUGAUUGCCUAAAACUCAUAGAGAGAAAUGAGACUGCCCGAUGGAAAAAUGUGAAAGUGAACUUUGAUAAUGUAGGAUUCGGGUACCUUUCUUUGCUUCAAGUUGCCACAUUUAAGGGAUGGAUGGACAUAAUGUAUGCAGCUGUUGACUCCAGAAAUGUGGAACUCCAGCCCAAGUACGAGGAAAGUCUCUACAUGUACCUGUACUUUGUUAUUUUCAUCAUCUUUGGGUCCUUCUUCACCUUGAACCUAUUCAUCGGUGUCAUCAUAGAUAAUUUCAACCAGCAAAAAAAGAAGUUUGGAGGUCAAGACAUCUUUAUGACAGAAGAACAGAAGAAAUACUAUAAUGCAAUGAAAAAGCUGGGAUCAAAAAAGCCACAAAAGCCAAUACCUCGACCAGGAAAUAAAUUCCAAGGAAUGGUCUUUGACUUUGUAACCAGACAAGUUUUUGACAUAAGCAUCAUGAUUCUAAUUUGUCUCAACAUGGUGACUAUGAUGGUAGAAACUGAUGACCAGAGUGAAGACAUGACUAAUAUUUUAUCACGUAUCAAUCUGGUGUUCAUCGUCCUGUUCACUGGAGAGUGUGUGCUGAAGCUCAUCUCCCUCCGCCAUUACUACUUCACCAUCGGCUGGAACAUCUUCGAUUUCGUGGUCGUUAUCCUCUCCAUCGUGGGUAUGUUUCUGGCUGAGCUUAUAGAAAAAUACUUUGUGUCCCCUACCCUGUUCCGAGUGAUCCGCCUCGCCAGGAUCGGCCGAAUCCUGCGUCUGAUCAAAGGGGCCAAGGGGAUCCGCACCCUGCUCUUCGCUUUGAUGAUGUCCCUUCCCGCGCUGUUUAACAUCGGCCUCCUGCUCUUCCUGGUCAUGUUCAUCUACGCCAUCUUUGGGAUGUCCAACUUUGCCUACGUUAAGAGGGAAGUUGGAAUUGAUGACAUGUUCAACUUCGAGACCUUCGGCAACAGCAUGAUCUGCCUCUUCCAAAUCACCACCUCUGCUGGCUGGGAUGGCUUGCUGGCACCCAUCCUGAAUAGUGGGCCUCCUGACUGUGACCCUAAGAAAGAUAACCCCGGAAGCUCAGUGAAGGGAGACUGCGGCAACCCAUCGGUGGGGAUUUUCUUCUUCGUCAGCUACAUCAUCAUCUCCUUCCUGGUGGUGGUGAACAUGUACAUCGCUGUCAUCCUGGAGAACUUCAGCGUGGCCACGGAGGAGAGCGCAGAGCCCCUGAGCGAGGACGACUUCGAGAUGUUCUACGAGGUUUGGGAGAAGUUUGAUCCUGACGCCACCCAGUUCAUGGAGUUUGAAAAACUCUCUCAGUUUGCAGCUGCUCUAGAACCCCCGCUCAAUUUGCCACAACCCAACAAACUCCAGCUCAUCGCUAUGGACCUACCCAUGGUCAGCGGGGACCGGAUCCACUGCCUCGACAUCCUAUUUGCUUUUACAAAGCGGGUUCUGGGGGAGAGCGGGGAGAUGGAUGCUCUCCGAAUACAGAUGGAAGAUCGCUUCAUGGCUUCGAAUCCUUCCAAGGUCUCCUAUCAGCCCAUCACCACCACUCUGAAACGGAAACAAGAGGAGGUGUCCGCUGUUAUCAUUCAGCGUGCUUACAGGCGCCACCUUUUGAAGCGAACAGUCAAGCAAGCUUCAUUUACAUACAAUAAAAAUAAAAUCAAAAGUGGGGCUAAUCUUCUUGUAAAAGAAGACAUGAUCAUUGACAGAAUAAAUGAAAACUCUAUUACAGAGAAAACUGAUCUGACCAUGUCCACAGCAGCUUGCCCACCCUCCUACGACCGGGUCACAAAGCCAAUCGUAGAAAAACAUGAGCAGGAAGGCAAAGAUGAGAAAGCCAAAGGGAAAUAAAACAAAAAUAAUUGAAUGACAAAUUGUUUACAGCCUGUGCAGGUGAUGUCUUUUUGUCAACAGGACUCCUUUAGGAGGUCAAUGCCAAACUGACUGUUUUUACUCAACUCUACUUACUUAAGGUCAGUGCCUACACUAAGACAGUGACCCCUUGUCGGCAAACGGUGACUCUGUGUAAAGGGGUGACAACCUCGGCAGGAGGUUACUGCUCUCACUACCAGCUGACACUGCUGAAGACAAGAGACAAAGUGGCUACUCAGAUUGUAGGGAGGAUAAAGGGGUGCAGAGCUAUGAUUUUGGGGUUGUUAACAUGAAACACUCUAGUGUAGUAAUUGUAUCCACUCUUUGCAUUUCAACUGCCACAUUUGCCACAUUUCUACAAAAUCUGUCAGUGGAUUCAUCUUUUUUUUAGUCCAUGUGUUAUUUAUUAUAUGUGACUAUUUUUGUAAGUGGGGUUUCUGUUGGGACCCAAAAGACCUCUUUAAAGGGUGUGCCCCCGCCCCGGGGUUGUGGCAACCACAUGAGCCUGUCAUCUACACAAAGAAGUGGUUUGCAUGAGGGCAUGCUGCACUCAGAAAUCAUGCAUGAGAAAAAGUCACCAGGAAAACAGCGUUCUUAGAUGCCAUCCAUGUUUCUGCAGAAGGGAUUGGGUAAUAAUUGCAGGUGAGGUGCUUUGCUCAUCUUGUUUUGUUAAAUUCAGUCCCUAGACCAAGUAGAUCAUUUGUUUGUUUGUUUUGGGGGGGGAGGUAUUGGUCAUUAAAUCUUAGCAGGUGCAAACUUCACUCAAAUGUCUAAACUCAUAAAUGUUAUGUUUCUGUUUAUAAUCCUUAAGAAAACAAUGAUCAUCUGAAUAUUGCCCCCCCCAAGACUGAAAUAACCAAAAGAUCCCUUUAUAAAUUUCUGCUUAAUCCUGCACUUUGUUUAGCCAUCUUCAGCUCUCAGCAAGGUUGACACUGUAUAUGUUAAUGAAAUGCUAUUUAUUAUGUAAAUCGUCAUUUUACCCUGUGGUGCACGUUUGAGCAAACAAAUAAUGACCUAAGCACAGUAUUUAUUGCAUCAAAUAUGUACCACACAAAAUGUAGCGUGCAAGCUUUCUACAGGUAAUAUAAUGUAUUCUGUACCAUUAUAGAUAGUCUGGAUGCUAUCAGUGCAUGUUUAUAUUACCACACUGCUGUACCUGUUUCUCCCACGACUCAGAACCUCACUGAGGAGAAACCACAUGCCAAUGGUAACAUCAAGGAAAUUGUUCAACAGAUCUCAUUCCUAAGUCAUUAAGCAAUAGUUUGCAGCACUUUAACAGCUUUUUUGGUUAUUUUUAAAUUUUAAGUGGAUAACAUAUGGUGUAUAGCCAGACUGUACAGACAUGUUAAAAAACAAAAAAAACAACGCUGCUUAACCUGUUAAAAAAUGUGUUUAGAAUUUUAUAAGCAAAUAUAAAUACUGUAAAAAGUCAUUCUAUUUUAUUUUUCAGCAUUAUGUACAUAUAUAAGAAAAAGAAAUUAUCUUCAGGUUGAUAUCACAAUCACUUUUCUUACUUUCUGACCAUAGCACUUUUUCAUGGAAGAAAUUUGCUAAAUAAGAAAUGCAGCCAAGACAGGGUAGUUGUAGAUUUCUGCCUUUUUUUUUUUUUUACAUUUGCUAAUUUUAGCUUAUUUCACAGUUUAAGGGGAACGAUAAGUUCACAGUCACAUCCAAAUUAUGCUUUGCAAUUGGGGAAGGGUAUGAAAUCUUUUUUACAUUUGAUUAUUUUUCAUUCCUUUUUUUGCUGUUUUUCCUAGUUUUUCUAACUGCUUUAUGUUGUUUUGCUUCAUUGCUUUGUUUUGGUUUUUUAACUCAUGCUGAUCUAGAUUGUUCUAAAUAUAAGUGGGAUUCACGAUUCCCCCACACAAGAAUAGAGAGUAGUGAACGUAGAUCAUCAAAGACAUCAGGAUAUUUUGUUUCUUACAGAAGCAAACGAUAGGUUCCUCUUUUUCAUAACAUUAUUAGAUAAACUGUAUUCGUGAACUGCAUGCUGGAAAAUGCUAGUGUUACCCUCAACGAUGCUACCCAACAUAAAAAAUGUGCAAAACUAAUAAAGAUUACAUUUUUUAUUUUA